CAGCUGCAGCUGCAGCUCGGGCGCUAUGGUCUGCAGCGCUGGGCUGAUGCAAUAGCUGGAUCUGCGGUUACGGCGGCGGCACCGCAGCACUGCGGGAUCGGCUGUCUGUACUGCGACCAAGUUUGUGGGAUCUGAACAUGGGGAGAUCGAGCGUGUUGGCGUGACUGCCGGCUCCUCGCGUUCCUCUGACCGCUUUCCUCGCCUGCCCCGAUUACAGACCGCACCGACCAGAGGCACCGGCAUCCUCAGCCGCGCGUGGGAAGCUACCCGAAGGGCUAUGCAUCGGUUUGUGCUGGCCGCCAGGCAAGCGGCCGCAAGCGUAGGCUGCCGGAACGCGGGGAGCGGUGGGAAGAGCACGGCUCUGAGAUGCGCCACUUCGCUGGCGGCCGACCGGCCCCCGCGGGGUCCCCGGCUCCCGCGGCCGGCGCGGGAGGGGACGGUGCGCUGGAGCAGCGCUGCCAAGGCCUCUGCUGCGAAGAUCAGUGAGAAGGCGAGCAGGGAGAAGAUACUGACGCUGGAGUCCAUGAACCCGCUGGUGAAGGCGCUGGAGUACGCGGUGCGAGGGCCCAUCGUGCUGAAAGCCGGCGAGAUCGAGAACGAGCUGCGGAAGGGAAUCAAAAAACCUUUUACUGAGGUAAUUAAAGCCAACAUUGGAGAUGCACAUGCAAUGGGACAGAGGCCAAUCACCUUCCUCCGUCAGGUAGUAGCACUGUGUACAUACCCAAACCUGUUGGACAGCCCAAGUUUUCCAGAAGAUGCCAAAAAGCGAGCCAGACGGAUCUUGCAGGGUUGUGGAGGAAACAGCUUAGGAUCUUACACUGCCACUCCAGGCAUAAAUUGUAUCCGUGAAGAUGUUGCUUCAUAUAUUGAAAGAAGAGAUGGAGGGGUUCCUGCAGAUCCAGAUAACAUAUAUCUUACCACUGGGGCAAGUGAUGGUAUUACUACCAUUUUAAAGAUCCUGGUCUCAGGAGGUGGAAAAUCCCGAACAGGGGUGAUGAUCCCUAUACCACAGUAUCCCUUAUAUUCAGCAGCCAUAUCUGAUCUAGAUGCUAUCCAGGUGAACUACUAUUUGGAUGAAGAAAAUUGCUGGGCGCUAGAUGUGAAUGAACUUCGCCGUUCCUUGAAGGAAGCUAAGGCCUACUGCAAUCCGAAAGUCCUCUGCAUCAUCAACCCUGGAAAUCCCACAGGACAGGUGCAAAACAGAAAGAGCACUGAAGAUGUGAUACACUUUGCUUGGGAAGAGAAACUUUUUCUUCUGGCUGAUGAGGUUUACCAGGACAAUGUGUACUCUGAAGGAUGCCAGUUUCAUUCUUUCAAAAAGAUUCUCUAUGAGAUGGGACCCGAGUACUAUAACAAUGUUGAGCUGGCCUCUUUUCACUCCACCUCUAAGGGAUACAUGGGCGAGUGUGGCUACAGAGGAGGUUACAUGGAGGUCCUUAACUUGCACCCAGAAAUUAAAGGACAGCUUGUUAAGUUGCUUUCUGUUCGCCUUUGUCCUCCAGUCUCAGGACAAGCAGCAAUGGACGUUGUAGUGAAUCCUCCAAUACCAGGAGAAGAAUCUUAUUCACAGUUCAUAAAGGAGAAGGAGUCUGUUUUGAACAAUCUUGCCAAAAAAGCCAAACUAACAGAAGACAUGUUUAACAAGAUACCAGGAAUGCACUGCAAUCCACUUCAAGGAGCUAUGUAUGCUUUCCCACGAAUCUUUAUUCCUUCCAAAGCCGUUGAGGAAGCUAAGGCUCAUACAAUGGCACCUGAUAUGUUCUAUUGCAUGAAACUUCUGGAAGAGACUGGAAUAUGUGUUGUACCUGGAAGUGGAUUUGGCCAAAGAGAAGGAAGUUAUCAUUUCAGAAUGACCAUUCUUCCUCCAGCAGAGAAGCUGAAGAUUCUACUGGAGAAAAUGAAAGACUUCCACAUAAAGUUUCUUGAAAAAUAUGCAUGAAACUACUGUGGCUUUUUCUCCUCAUUCCCCCCUGCCGCCUUCAAGGUGAAUAUAGAAAAUGAGCAAAGAUGUGCUGAAAGUGUGCUGUUCAUCUGAUUUAACUGAAUUCAAAAUAGGUAGAACCAAUCUCCAAUACUGCUACAACCUAUUGGACUAUUGAAUUUAAUGUCUGGUAUGGAAGGUGUUGUUACACCUUUUUUUUUUUUUUUAAGGGGAAGGGAAGGAUGUGAAGAAAGCGGUGAGAAGAAAUAGUUAGUAAAGGAUUUUGUGCCUUGAUUGGAAGCUAUAUUCAUGAACUUUUGACUCAAUAAGCUGGGGAAACAAGUUGCUCAUUAAAAAUGCUACUGUUGGGGGAUAACAAAACAAAUGUCAAGAGCAAUUGUUUAGCAAGGAACGUGUUUCUCAUCUUAAAAUUCUACUAAACAAAAAUUCAAAAUCCUACAUUAUAGGUAUUGUUUAAUUUUUUUUUUUGGGGGGGGGUGUGUUGUUAAAUAUGAAGUGUUCUCCAGAUCUGAUUAAGCAUGUAGGUACAGUGUGCUUAUUAAAAAAAAAUGUAAUCUUUGGCAGAUGUGUGCAGAUACCUUUGAACUUCUGUUAAAAGAAAUCCUGCCAUUGCAGCGUAAUCUGGUUGGAACAUACAGUUCUGAUCAGAGGAGUGAACAUGGUGUCUCCUUGAACCCUAUUUUUAUGAAACUGAAACACAAUGAGGAAUAAUAGCUUCUUGUUCAUGCUGUGCAACACGCUAUUCCAGCAUAAGAUAAGAACACUGAACACUUCCUUUCUUAACAACUCCAUGGGUCUCCUGUUAGCUCAUAUUACAUGGAACACAGUAAGAUGCUGUUUCAAAGCAGAUGCGAGUACUGUCAGUCCUUUCAAGUAGGGUGAAAUAUAACACUAUUUCAGAAUUGCUUUAUCUAUGGAGAACAUUUGCUUGGAAGCACAAGAGAUCUGUUAGCUGGCCAAAAUCCUGCUCAAAUGGCAAGGACUAACAAAUGUUCUUUAGCAGGAGGAAGGCUGGGAGGAAGGCUGGGGGUGCUUUCUAAUGACAGAAAAAGGUAUUUAAAGGAAAGUGUCCUGCACCAAGCAUAAAGAUAGCAAUAGUUCAUCUCACACUUGAAUCUUCCACAGUCAUACUUCUGGCUGAUGACCCUGAGUGCUCAUUAAAACCCAGUAUUAAAAAACAGGUCACCAUCUAGGAGUACAGCUGUAUUACUCUAGUAAUCUGUGCUGGUUUGUCUGCACAAGAAAAGACAGCUUCUGUUUCUCUGGAUUUGGAAGCUGAACACCUUCUUCUAGCACUGAUAAAGGACUGAAGGAUCAUAGCUUCUGGUAUUCAGCCGUUAAAGUAUUAGUAUUUGUCAGGCUUAGGCUCAGCAUUUACGAUGUUUACUCAUUAAGAAUGUCUCAUUUAAUCUAGUCAUUAUUUUUAAGUUAUUAUUUAGAAGUAAACUCAUUUUUAUGUCUACUAGCACUUUGUUAGGCUGCCUUUGUAGCUGGCUGAACUUCCUAUGCUGAUCCAGGUUACUAAAGCCAAGGGCUAGAGAAUCACCAUAGGGAUAAAGCCUGUGCCAAUCUCUUAUGUGUGGAAGACAAGAGAUGUUGCCAGUAAUUGUCCUGGCAACACCAACUACUUCUCUACAACAUAGCUGGUAUACUUCUCACAGGUUUUUACUGAAGUCUGUGAGAACAAUUUAGUACUUCUUAAUAACCUACCAGUAGUCCCAGGUUCAUAAAUGAAAAUGGCGCACUGCGACGCAAAGUUACUAUGGAGGCAUAGAGAAAAAAUUAUCCUUGUAGAAAUGGACUUCUUGUAGGGCAGCAGAAUGAGAACACUUACGUUGCUACUAUCCAUUGAUAAAUACAGCCUUUUAUCUGUUAGUGCUCUCCACAUCCUUAAUAGGCACUAAUAAAUUAAGAAAGCAGAACCAUUCUAAGAGGUCAGAAUAUUGAUGUAAAAUAAGGCAAACAGCACAUUCCUGUUGUAGGAAUGUGUCCAAAUCAGAUCUGGCUUUGGAUAUGUCAUGCAGUGUAGAUUGAAGCUAAGAUCUAACAACAGGAGUUAGAAUAUUUUUUUUAUAUUUUUGUAAUUGCAGCUUUUUCAUGGGGGUAGUAUUUGUAAUCUUAUAAGUCAACAGAUUUUAUAUUUGCCUUGCAUUUGCACCUGAUACUUCUGGAAAAAAUGUAAAGGUUUACAAGUUUCUAAUAAUUUACAAGUGUGGAAGGCUUUUUGUUUUAAGUUGGGACAGCAAUUCUUACAGUUUUAAAUCAAAAUAUAAUGGCAUAAACGAAGUUUUUUCUAAAGAUUCUAUGAUUGUGCCUUUUAUGUUUCUGACAUUAUAAGGGAUAACUAUUUGUUCUUGAUGUAUCUCAUAUGGAAGGGUGGUGAUUUCUAUUAUCCAUCUACAAUAUUUGUAUGUACUGUGAUAAGGUUUAUGUACGUUUUUGUGGAACAAUCCUGUAAAGCUAAGAAAAGAUGCUUAUUUUCAAUGUCUCUGAAAUAUUUCGUUAUUAACAGACAAUGCUGACUUUCAAAUGCAUGCUUCUAAGUUUGAUUCUCCUACAGGUGCUCCUCAUAAUGGUAGUUCAGAUGGUUGAGACUUCCAAAUAAUAAAGCACAUGUUAAAACAAAAA